CUCUCUCUAAUACCCAAACAAAUAAGCUAUAUAUAUUAUAUAUCAUCAACAAAAUCUUUAAUUUAAUUAGCCAUGGCCAAUGGAAGGUUAACGUUGUUGUUGCUGAUCUUCUGUUUUAUCAUAGUACAUGAGGUAGAGAUAUACAAUGGUCACCACUUGACAGUUGCUGCUAUAGAUUGCCCGUCAAAAUGCAGUUAUCGUUGCAGCAAGUCGGGGAGGCAUAAGAUGUGCAUGAGGGCAUGCAAAACAUGCUGUCAAAGGUGCAAUUGCGUGCCGCCGGGGACCGCCGGAAACGAGAAUGUUUGCCCAUGUUAUGCCAACAUGAAAACACACGGUGGCCGCCACAAAUGCCCUUAA